CAAACCAGGUGUGUAUCAGUUACCAUUGGAAUCCAAUGUCGUUAGUGGACCAGGUUGCCGCAGACGGCAGGGUGGAGUUUCUUUCGUCAAUAAAAAAGGUUAUUACCCAUAUAAGGAAUAAAGCCAGUCAAUCAUCAGGUAGACCUAACGAUGCUAGAAGCACGGAAUCUAGUGAAAAAGGCACUGCAUCAACCCAGGGAUAUGACUCCGUAAGACAUGAUGUGGAACAGUUGAUUCGGUCACUCGCUAACGACAAUUGUGCCAUAUGCCUCCAGUGUACUAGCGAUGUAAAAGAAUUGGUAGAUCACCUAUUUCUUAACGGUAGCCUACUGGAUAUCGGAUUGAAAUCCAUUGACUUAAUACAGACGGAGCCGCCAAAUCGCAGGGAGCGCUCUGAGGAUACCACUAAAUCGCAACAGAUAUAUUUAAUACGCCCAACGUUUGAGGAUGCUGGCAUUUUAAAGGCUGUGAUGUCCUAUGACAGGAGCGAGUGCUUCGUGUUAUGCCUGCCUGGCGCAUCGGAGAUGUUCCCCGACGUCCUACAGGGUGUUUUAAGAAAGGACUUCACUGUAGUGCGCGGUAUUGGCAAGCAGACGGGUAACCGAAUAGUACAUCUAUUUGACUGUAAUGUACAUAUGGCGCCACUAGAAUCAUGUGCUUUAUCCAUGUUUAUAAGUAGGUCCAUGGAGUCGUUCUAUAUGGAAGGCGAUCCCAUGGCCUCAUGGUUCUUCGCCAAGGCCGUGGAACACCUUGAAAGCCGAAUACUGGACGGUGCCAUUAAUCUGUUGACAUGCCUCGGCCACUUGGCAAGGUUCAGUGGUGAAAUACUGAUCAAAUCCAGACGUGACUGCGCAGCUGAAUUGAUAGUCAACAGUACUAAGCAUUCUUCGGUAUCUUCAGAUAUGCCAUUUUUGACCCGCGAGCUACGCAAUCAACGUUUGUUGACUGAUAUGCCCACAUCAGGUACUGACGAAGACCCGUCUGCCACUGUUAACCUGGAUACCCAACGCCGCAUGAAGUUACUCAAGCAGUCCGGCACCAUCGACGAGGCGGUUAUAAUAGACCGUCGUGUUGACAUGGUCACGCCCAUGUGCCUCAAUGUAACCUAUGAAGGCCUGCUGGACAACGUCUUUGGGAUAACCAACGGAUCGUUGCAAUGCCCGUUGGGUGUAGUUGACGGCUCCGUUGGGGACGCUUCAGGUAUCCUGGAGCAAUAUCGCAGUAACUUUGGUACUUUAUUUCCUGAUACAACAGUGGUACCCCUGAGGUCUUCACUGUACCGUGAAAUAAGGUGGCUAAACUAUAGCGAGGUCGGUAAACAUCUCCACCAACGUGCGCUGCAGGUCCACAAGGGCUACGAGAGGGGUGACCUUGCAACUCUUGAUGAGAUGGGAGCAUUCGUUAAAAAAUUUAAAAACUUGCAAAAGGAGCAUUCAGAGCUAUCUAUACACGUUAACAUGAUGUCGUGGAUGAAUUCGUUAAUAAGCGGUGACUGUAUGCAGCUGCUCCACCAGCUGGAGGACUCCAUCUUACAGUCGGCAACUGAUAUAAAGCCUGAUGACUCAAAAAUAGCUUCACUCACGGCCAAGAUAUUCAAUAAACCCUCGGACCCAUGUGUACAACUGUUUCUUGAUUUGAUUUAUUGGAACGUGGAUGUAACCCAGGUUUACAGGCUACUUAUACUGCUCAGUCAAACCAGGGAUGGAGUUAAGUCAAGUGAGUUGCAAAGCAUAAAGCGCGCUAUAGUGGACCAGUAUGGCUUUUGUCAACUGAUGACACUGCACAAACUGGAAACCAUGGGACUCAUUCGCAUAAACGAUUCGCCUGAUGGGCUUAGGUGGGCUCGCCUUUGUAAGAAAUUAAACCUACUAGUCGAUCGUGAGAACGCAACUGCGGAUUACGCAUCUAUUUUCGGGGGGUACGCCCCAAUAUCUGUAAGGCUGUUCCAGCUAAUAAUCCUGGCUCGUAAUGUAUCAUCCGUUGAAGCCGAUUUGCGGCUACUAGACUGCCCCGUGGCAGUAUUAAGGCAGAAGAGUGUACUACCGGGGAAUCCAACAGGGAGGUCACAUUGUAAACUACUUGGUUUCCUGGGUGGUGUAACCCUUGGUGAGAUCGCUGCUAUAGCAGCGUUGAAUCAGAAACGUGGUGAGCAGACGCUAAUACUCGCGACAAACGUCAUCAGCAUGAAGUCCAUGCUGGGCCCUAGUAAUUGAAAUUUUCUAUACUACGUAACUUAAU